AUGGGAGGGCAUCGAGGACAAGACCGAGAUCUUGGGUCUGCAGAACAGGCGAUUCAACCUUCGACGACCAAACCGACUGCGCCUCAAGGAAGCCUGAGUAUCGUGUUCACCGACAUCGUCAAGUCGACGUUGAUAUGGGAGAAAGACAGCGCGGCCAUGACACAGGCGAUGCAGUUGCACGACAGCACGAUCCGCCACCUCACCGAGUCGAACCAGGGAUACGAGGUCAAGCAGAACGGGGACGGGUUUAUGAUCGCCUUCCCCACGGCCGCGUCGGCCGUGCAGUUCUGCCUCGACGUCCAGGAACGGCUGCUGGACGAGAAUUGGCCGCGCGAGAUCCUGAAGCUGCCGCCGGGACAAGUGACCACGGAUUCCGACGGCAACCUCCUCUUCCGCGGCUUGCAGCUACGCAUGAGUGCGCACUGGGGCACCCCCGUGUGCAAGUGGAACGAUGUGAUCGAGCGCAUGGACUAUCUGGGGCCCAUGGUCAACCGCGCCGCGCGCUUCAUCCAAGCCACUGAGGCAGGCCAGAUCGUCGUUUCGGAGGAUUUUCUGCGCCAACUUCGGGGCGAGCUGGAAAUGCAGGCCGAGGAAGGUGGCGAAUGGGUGAAAGAAAAGGACGAGUUCAUGCAGCAGUCCGGGCCCACGGAUGCCCACAGCAGCAAGACCCGUGCCAGUGAUAACAGCAACAACAAAGACCCUGCCGAAAACAACAACGAUGAGACUAUAGAUCUACGGGCUCUCCGCUCCAACAAGGGCCAGGAGAAUCUCACCAACCAACGGUUCGAGAUCCAGCUGCUCGGUGACCACGAGUUCAGAGGCCUCGACGAGCCCCAAAGGCUUUAUUUCCUCGUUCCGCGCUCCCUUGAGGGCAGAGUCGACCAUUGGCACCAAGUCACCCAUGUUCAGGGCGUCAAGGGCAAUGUUCGACGGGGGAGUGGUUGA